GUGCCAGCCGGGAGGCCGCAGCCCUGCCGCUCCGGGGACCAGAGGGCCCCACCCUCUUGGCAGCUGGCGGCCCUGAUAAAGCGCGGCCCCCUGGUUCGGUCCUGCCCCUGGCCGCCUGCCCCCUGGCCUCCUGCCCCCUGGCCUCCUGCCCCCCGUCCUCCUGCCCCGGCCCUGGCCGCCGCCGAGGCCCAGCGAAAAAGAGCAAAGACACUGUGGCCUCCCAGGAUGUUUGCAAAAGCCACAAGGAACUUUCUGAGGGAGAUUGACUCUGGUGGUGAUCUGAUUUCGGUGUCAAGCUUGAAUGACUCUGACAAGUUGCAGCUGCUGAGCUUGGUGUCAAAAAAGAAGAAACAGUGGUGUUGGCAGAAACCCAGGUACCAGUUUUUGGCCAUCACCCUGAAUGACGUCCUAGAAGGGAAGCAUUCUCUGAAGCCAGUGGUGCUGGACUCGGACUUUGUGAAGUACGAGGGCACCUUUGAAGACCAGGUGAGCGGCAAUGUUGAAACCUCCCUCGGGAAAGUGACCCUCCGGGCUGGAGGUAAAGGCCAUGUGGAGAGCAAGUUUUCGUUUGGAGCCCUGAAGAAACAAGAGGUGGAUUUGCAGCAGCUGAUCAAGCAUGCCGUGGGAAGAACAAUCAAUUUGAAGAACUCUCUGCUACAACAAGUGCUGGAAGGGAAAAAUGAGGUCCUGUGUAUCUUGACCAAGAAGAUCGUGAUGAUGCAGAGUUGUCUGAUGUCUGAGCACAUCCAGAUCGAGGAGAAGUGCGGCGGAGCAAUGGGGUUCAAGACCAAAAUCGUGAGGGUUUCAGUGAAUGAAGAUGGAAACUUGAUGAGAGAUUCCAGUGUGGUCCUGGAGAUCCCUGCCCUCACAGCUAUUGCCUUCAGUGUCAUCGAACUGUAUGUGAAGCAGGAUGGCCAGUUUGAGUUCUGCCUGCUCCAAGAGAAACAGGGGGGCUUCGAGAGGAAGAGGGCAGGCAGCUUAUUGCAUCCGAACCUCCUGACCUCUGGAGAGCCGACCUUCCCCUAUGCGCCCGAUGCCGUGGACAGCUCAGGGUGCUCGGAUGCCGGGAAGCUCACGCCCACGGAGGGCCCACUGAGUGCCUUCAAACAAGAGGCAGCUGUGUUGGAGAGGAGGUUCCAUGCCUUUGAGGACCUCCCGGAGCAGCACCGGAAGGCUCUGGGUCACAUCCUCCACGAAGCACUGAAAGACGAAGAAUUACUCGCUGCCCUCGAAAAAGCGCUGGAAGACAUUUGCACAGGAGGCUCCCUCCAGCUGGGAGAGGACCAAGACCUGCAAUCCUUGCAGCAGCAGGAGCAUCUGGUUACUUUCCUGCAGCUAGUGGGCUGCGCCGUGCAGCCGGGGGCUCAGCCACAACUUCCCCAGGAACCGACGCCCAGGAAAAAGGAACUCCUCACGACGGCCUACUUCUUCAUCAGCGCCCUGGCAGAAAUGCCCGAUUCAUCACCGGCGCUGCUGGAGACCUGCCGUGAGCUGCAGUUGGUGCCCGCGCUCUGCCGCCUGCCCAGGAUCACAGCUGCUGAUGGCUCUUCUGCCCUCCAAGACCCCACCCUCGCCCCUCUUGCUGACUUAGAAAGAUUUGGGAUUGUACAGAGGUUGUUUGCCUUAUCAAACAUUAACCUGGAAAGAACGAAGUCAUCGGUCAAAGCCACCAUCGUGAAAGAACCGAAAUUUCGCCCUCUGAUUCUUUAUAUAGUGCUGAGUGGACUUUGUGCUCUGGACCGUCAUCGCCAGAAUCAGCCUCAGUAAACGAGAGGUUUGCUUUAUGGAUUUGUUGGAGAGUUUGACGUCUCCUGAACCGCUUGCGUUAAUUACGGAGUUCUUUAGGGUGUGAGAAAUUAACAUUUGGGCUACAUGGAGCAACACGGUCGCUCUAAGAUUCUUAUCCAAAGUGCGGGGGAUUUUCUUUCCAGAAUAUGUCCAGCCUUUUUUUUAUUAUUGUUACCUUUCUCCUUCCUCCCAUCACCAUAAAGAAAAUGGCACUCUCAUGCCAAAAGUGCACUUCAAGUCAUUAUAAAUGGGGUGUGAGGACAGUUACUUAUCGGAGCUAAUGCACUCCCCUGGAUGUGACCGGCUCAUAGGAGAGUAAUUGAAGAAUGAACUGUUAAUGGGAUUUGAAAGUAGUAUACGACUGGCUUAAUUUGUUUGUGAGCCCGUAUUAAAUAUGGGGAUGGACUUCAAACUGAA